AUGAUAUCUUUAUUGGUUAAAACUUCCCGUCCCAAGGACCUUCCCUUCCGUCACAUUCUCACUUCCCUAUCUCUCUGGGCAUGUUGGAUUGCCUCGUUUGGUGACUUAAUUACCGUUCAAUUAGUGUCCCAAUUCAAUCCACAAUAUAUGAAAAACUAUUUGGAUUAUGAUGUUUUAUCAUCUGGUUUCUUGGCGGCUCUACCAAUUAUUUUCCAAUUUUUGACCAAAUUAUCAUCGGGUAUCAUUAGUGAUUGGAUAACAUUUAUCAACGAGACUUGGAAGACGAAAAUCUUUAACACAAUCGCUUUGGCUGUAGCCGCAGGAUUUUUCAUUAUUUUAGCGUUUAUUCCCCAGGAAAAACACCUUUUGGCUAUCAUUAUAAUGAUUUGCGCGGAGAGUGUUAUGGGAUGCAAUACGGCUGGAUUCAAUAAAUGUGCCACAUUGCACUCACAGCAAUACGCCUAUUUUUCAAUGCAACAGAUUAUGAAUAUUUGGGCAUGCACAAUUUUUAUUGAACCAUUUUUUGUGAAUAUGAUUGUCAAAGAGAAUACAUUCAUCGACUGGCGAAACUGCUUCCUAGCCCAUGCGAUUCUCCUUCUGACCGUUAAUACCGUUUUCUGUAUUUUUGCCGACGCAUCGCCGGCAAAAUGGACGAAAUCUACAAUUUUAGAAUCUGGAAAUUUAGAAAUUUCUGAAGAAAAAAAACGUUAUGAUUCAAUAGUGAAUACGAAGUUGUGA